AUGACAGAUUACCGCCUCCCCUCCGCCGCGACCAUGAACCUCUGGACCGACGACAACGCCUCCGUCAUGGAUGCCUUCAUGAAUUCCGAUCUCUCCGCACUCUGGCCGCCGGCCCCUCCGCCACCUCACCACUCCUCCUCCACCUCCACUUCCACCCCCGCCGCCGAUCCCGUCAAAUCUCACCACCACAGCCAGCCUCCCCCGCCGACGCCCUCCCUACCGCCGCCGCUCUUCAAUCAGGAAACCCUCCAGCAGCGCCUCCAGGCGCUCAUCGACGGCGCCAGGGAGAACUGGACCUACGCCAUCUUCUGGCAAUCCUCUUACGAUUUCUCCGGCGCUUCUGUCCUGGGGUGGGGCGACGGGUACUAUAAGGGGGAGGACAAUAAGGGGAAAGGGAAAUUGAGGAAGAAUACCAGCACGGCGGAGCAGGAGCACCGGAAGAAGGUUCUCCGGGAGCUCAAUUCGUUGAUCUCCGGCCCCAACGCCGCCUCCGCCGACGACGCGGUGGACGAGGAAGUUACGGAUACCGAGUGGUUCUUCUUGGUCUCCAUGACCCAGUCGUUUGUGAACGGGGUCGGGUUGCCGGGUCAGGCUUUCUUCAACGGGUCUCCGGCCUGGUUGGUCGGGUCGGAUCGUAUGGCCGCGGCUCCCUGCGACCGGGCCAAGCAGGGACAAGUGUUCGGCCUCCAAACAAUCGUCUGCAUCCCGUCGGCCAACGGCGUCGUCGAGCUCGGGUCGACGGACCCGAUUUACCAGAGCUCGGAUCUGAUGAAUAAGGUUAGGGUUUUGUUCAAUUUCAGUGGCAGCAGCGGCGGGAUCGAAAGUUCCUGGGCUCCGCCGCCGCCGACGCCGUCGAAUCCCGACCAGGGGGAGAACGACCCGUCUUCGCUCUGGAUCACCGACCCGGAAAUGAAGGACGGUGGUGGAACCAACUGCAACAACAACAACAACAAGAGCUCCUCCGCCGCAGCGGCCACCGUUGCUCCGUCGUCCAGCGGCGGGAACCCUAAUCACCACCCCCACAACAAUUCUUACCCUAGCUCAAGCGGCUUGACGGAGAAUCCUAAAGGAAUCCAUAAUCAGAACCAGAACCAGACGCACAGCUUCUUCACACGCGAAUUGAACUUCAGCGAGUACGAAGGAAUUGGGGGAAACAACAGCAAUCGUAAUGGGAAUUCGAUUCUGAAACCGGAAUCCGGCGAGAUUCUGAAUUUCGGGGACAGCAAGAGGACCACAUCAAGCGGGGGAAAUGGAAAUAUGUUCUCCGGCAGUCAUGGCCAUCCUCCGCAGCUGGAAGAGAGCAACAACAAGAAGAAGAGAUCCCCGACUUCCAGAGGAAGCAUCGAUGAAGGGAUGCUCUCAUUCACUUCCGGCGUAAUCCUGCCUUCCUCCGGCACAGCCAAAUCCACCGCCGCUGCAGACUCCGACCACUCCGACCUGGAAGCAUCCGUGGUCAAAGAAGUCGACUCCAGCCGAAUUGCGGAGCCAGAAAAACGACCAAGAAAGCGAGGGAGGAAACCAGCCAAUGGCAGAGAAGAGCCAUUGAACCACGUCGAAGCAGAGAGGCAAAGGCGUGAGAAGCUGAACCAGAGAUUCUAUGCUCUAAGAGCAGUAGUCCCCAACGUCUCUAAAAUGGACAAAGCUUCCCUCUUGGGAGACGCCAUUUCCUACAUAAAGGAGCUCCGACUGAAGCUCCAGACCACAGAAUCCGAGAAAGACGAGCUCCAGAAGCAGGUCGAGUCAUUCAGGGACGAAUCGUCGUCACAUCAUCAGCAGCCACCACCACCCGACAACCACGACCUCAAGGCAUCGAACUCGUCGAGCACUAACAACUCGCAAAUCGAGAUGGAGAUCGAGGUGAAGAUCAUCGGAUGGGAUGCAAUGAUAAGGAUACAAUGCAGCAAGAGGAACCAUCCAGCAGCUAGACUAAUGGCUGCUUUACAGGAGCUGGAUCUCGACGUCCACCAUGCCAGUGUCUCCGUGGUGAAUGAGUUAAUGAUCCAGCAAGCGACUGUGAAGAUGGGGAGCCGGUUCUAUACCCAGGAGCAGCUCAGGUUAGCUUUGUCUAACAAAGUUGGUGACUUUCGAUAG